AUGACAAUAAACAAUGACAUAUAUAAUUUAAAUGAAGAUAUGUUCCAACCAUUACAACAUUAUGGACCCGUCACAUAUAUUCAAAUUCACCAAAAUUACAUAUUUGUAGGAUAUGGACCAAUACUACAUGUAUAUAAAUUAAUAAAUGAUAACAUUCAAUUGAUAUACCAGAAACAAAUUUUCAAGAGAAACAAAAUUCAUAAUAUUUUCAUCAAUAAUAUUGCUCAAAAAAUUAUCAUUAGUGGAGCUAAAUCAUAUACUGUUUUGGAUUUCACAAGUCUAGAUACUUUACAAGAUUCAGAAAUAGUUGAAAGAUUCAUAAAUGAAUGGAUUAUCACCUCAUGUAUAUUAAAUGAUGGUACAGUGCUAUUAUUAAAUGCUUACAACGUAAUCUAUCAAAUCACAAGUUCAAGCACAACCAAAAUCCAUUGUGGUGAAAAAUCAAUACUAUAUAGUGGAUCAAUUAAUGUACUCAAUAAUGGAGAAAUUUAUAUUGCAUCAGGUACAGUAAUGAAUGGAGUAAUAAUAUGGAAUUAUAAUACUAAAGAAAUAAAAUAUAGAUUAAAAGAUCAUGAAGGUUCAAUAUUUGGAGUUAAAAUUGAUCAUUUAGGUAAAUAUAUAAUAUCAUGUUCAGAUGAUAGAUCAAUUAAAUUAUAUAAUUUCGAAACUGGUGAAAUUUUAUCAACUGGAUGGGGUCAUGGAUCUAGAAUAUGGAAUUUAGAAUUUUUAACCACCACCAAUAAAGUUAAAAUAAUGAGUAUUGGAGAAGAUUGUACUUUACGUUUAUGGACUUAUACAAAUCAAAAUUUAUUAAGGUGUGAUAAAGUUAUUGAGAAUUGUCAUAGAGGUAAACAUAUUUGGUCGGGAGAUGCUCAAGAUGAUGAAUCACUAGUAGAAAAUUUGAAGAUUUGUUGUACUGGUGGUGCUGAUGGUAGAGUUCGAAUUCAUGAUUUAGAUAAGCUGAAUCAAGUUACUACUAAAUUAACAAUACAAGAUUUUGCAGAACAUUUAAAUUUGAGUUUUAAUUUGAAAAAGGAUACGAUUAGAGACUAUUUUGAUUUGAUUCAUUUAGGUAAAUUAAUAUGUCUUACACUGAAUGGGUACAUUAUAGAAUAUGAUUAUAAUACACAAAUCUACAAAAAUUUGGGCCAUUAUGAAUUUGAUUAUGGAAUUGUAAAUGGAUUUAAUGAUAUAAAUACAGUUUUGAUAGUUGAUAAAAAUGGGAGAAUAUUAGUUUUAUCAUAUACUGAGGAGAACAUAGAGACAAAUUGGAUAGAGAAUGAAGAUGUGAAAAUUUCAAAUAUACACACUGUUAAUGGAGAUAACAAAUAUUAUAUUUUACUAGAACCAUCAAAUCCAAAUUUACCAUUUAUAUUAAAAGAGUUUAAAUUUCAACAAAAUAAAUUAGUUUUACAAAACAUUAAAAAUAUAGCAAGACCAAAUUCAAAUUUUCAAUUAACUUCAUUGACUAUAGACGUACAAAACCAAUGGAUUAUUUUGGCUUCUAAAAAAAUAUCUAUUCAAAUAGUUGAUCUUAAUGAUUUAUCUAUCAAGUUUUUUCAAAGAAAAAUUGCUCCUGGUGAUACAAUUAGUAAAGUAUCAAUAAUAAGUUCUCAACAGGAUAUCCUCAACUUGUUGGUUUUAUCAAGAGAUGGAACUUAUUUAAUUACAAAAAUCUACAAAAAUUCUCAAAAUACAAGUUUUGAAUUUGAAAUUCUUUUAGAAAAUAAAUUAACAAGAGGAAUUAUCGAGGGUGGAUUUUUCCAUAACAAGGAUCUAAUAUUAUAUGGAUUCAAAUCAUCAUAUUUUUUUGUAUGGAAUGAAACCAAACAAAUUGAAAUAAUGAAUGAAAUUUGUGGAGGUAAUGGUCAUCGACAUUUUAAAUUUUAUUUAACUUCUUUCAAUUCUUAUAAAUUUGAUUAUAUGUUUCAAAAAGAUUUGUAUUUAUGUAGUUAUACGGGUAGAUUUAUAACUCAAAAUUUUGGGAUUUUGCAUAAUGGAACACAUGGGAGAGAAAUUAGAGAUUUAUCCAUCCUGACUCAACAAUUCAAUGAUGGAUCCAAACUAUUAGUUACAACAUCUGAAGAUUCAACAAUUGGAUUAAACAAGAUUUUAUACACUGGAGAAAUCAUUAAUUUAUGGAGUAUGAAUAAUCAUAUAUCAGGUAUGCAAAAAGUUAAAUUUUUAAAUCAUAAUUAUGUAUUGAGUUCAGCAGGAAAUGAAGAAUUUUUAAUUUGGAAAUUAUCAUAUUUUGAAAAUAUGCCUACUUUAAAAGAAAUCAAUCGAUUAGAUACUGAUAAGGAAGUACCUGAUUUAAGAAUUAUGGAUUUUGCUGGGGUUGAAUAUGAUGAAUAUAUUUUUUUAAUUACUGUUUAUUCCAACUCUACUAUAAAAUUUUGGAAUUUUAAUAAAUCAACUGAAGUAUUUGAGUUGGUUAAUAAAUUUAAUUAUUCAACUUAUUGUAUUUUAAAUUGUGAAAUAUUUGAACUUGGUGGUAUCAAAUAUUUGAUCAUUUCCGCAACUGAUGGGAAUAUCAUUAUAUGGAAUAUUAAUUAUCCUACAAACAUCAAAUUAGAAUUGAAACAAAAAUUACAUCAAAGUGGAAUUAAAGCUAUUUGUUUAGCUCAAAUUAGAGAGAAUUUUUAUUUGAUUACAGGUGGUGAUGAUAAUGCAUUAACUUUAAAUCAACUAACCACAAAUAAUUCAAGCUUGAGUUUGAUCCCAAUUGCAAAAGAAGUAAAUGCAGCAUCAGCUACAAUAACUUCCAUUUCUCAUUUUGACAGAUUUGUGGUGGUUGUUGGAGUUGAUCAAAUUGUUAGGUUGUGGUCAAUUGAACCAACUUUGAAAUGUUUAGCUGCUAGACAUACUACUGUUGCUGAUGUUGGAUGCUGUGAUGUUACUACCAUCAACGACGAAAAUUUGUUGGUUAUAGGAGGUGCAGGUCUUAGUUCAUGGAAAAUACAUGAAUAA